AUUUUUGUUAAUUCCGAUAUUGAUUAUUAUCUUAUUUGUCGUCAAAUUUCUUUUGAAAAGUUUUUAAAAUCAGGUUCGGCGAUGUAAGUUACUUUGUUGAUUUGUUGAUUUCCAGAAAUUUUGUAGAAAAAUAAAUAUACCUAAAAUUAAGAUCUGCAUUAAAUUAAAUUAAUAAAAAGAAUUUUAAAAAUAGAAAUUUUAAUAUGGUUCAUUAAACGCCAUCCACAUUUCCAAUCAGAAAAGAAAUACUUUUAAGUUGUAAUUAAUUUCUAAAAAAACCAGCUUGAUGCAUAAAAUGAGAGAGUAUAAAGUUGUGGUCCUGGGCAGUGGAGGUGUGGGAAAAAGUGCUCUUACUGUGAAGUUUGUUUCUGGAAAAUUUGUGGAAAAGUACGAUCCAACUAUCGAAGAUUUUUAUAGAAAAGAAAUCGAAGUUGAUGGGGCUCCAUCUGUUCUUGAAAUUCUUGACACUGCAGGCACUGAACAAUUUGCAUCAAUGAGAGACUUAUAUAUUAAAAAUGGCCAAGGUUUUGUUGUGGUGUACAGCAUAACCAGUCUGCAAACAUUCCAGGACAUCAAAACGAUGAGGGAACAAAUUCUUAGGGUAAAGGGCAGAGACAAGGUCCCAAUAUUAUUGGUUGGCAACAAAUGCGACUUGUCACCUCAACGAGAAGUCCAAUCGAUGGAGGGGUCGGCACUCGCUCAACUCUGGAACUGCCCAUUCAUCGAGGCAUCAGCAAAAAGCACACGAAACGUCGACGAGGUCUUCAUCGAAAUUGUCAGGGAAAUAAAUUGCUUCCUUGUUUCGAAGGAAUCUUCCAAGUGCACCCUUUUUUGAUUGCACUGCACCAUCAGACUCAGGUCACCUCGAGAUUGUUCACUGACUAAAUGUUUAGUGUAUGCACAUUUUUAAUGAUGGAACUGUGUAGAAGUUUGUCCUGCUUCAUUGAAUUGUAGGUAGAUGGUGUUUGAAAAAGUUCUACAUGCCAAUAACUUUUUUAUAAACUGUAUGUACAGUAAUUGAAUGAAUUCUAUUAAAAGGUGGCGAUAUUUAAGACUUAUAAGAAAGACACAUUUGAUCAUUCUUACCUGAUUUUUCUACCCUCAUCAUUCUAAUGUGAUGAAUGUG